GAGGAGCCACGAGAAACACUGCCUUGCCAUAUAUCGACCUCUAUUACCUACCUAAGUACCUAAUCAGACUCUUCCAGAUCCACAUCAUAUUUAUGUCCAUUGUUGACCUUUGAUACAAUUUAUUCUGCUAAAUUUGUUCCCAUUGAACGUCGCUCAAACGACAGACAGUAACGACAAUGUCGUCUCAAGAAGAUUUUCGGUCGCGAAUGCUCGACAGAUUCUUCUAUGGCAUUCUUGAGGGGAAAUCGAAGAUCGGAAAGAUUGAAGAUGCCCGGAGAUUCCUCGAAUCCAUUGUUAAUAGAAAUGAUAAGCCCGAUUGUAUUGAGAGAUUGGCUACUUCGAAGAGCGGCCAGGAUGCCCUCCACAAAUCACUCAUCUUCGGCGUUUCAAUGCAACUCACAAAUACAUCUGUCUCAAACCUUCUGAAGUUCCUCGCAGACCCUGAUCUGAGGAUGGGUGGCGACCGAGAACUACUAAAUCAGAUUCUCUUGGUCAUGGUUGACCCACCCAAAUUCUGGGAAAACUUCAUUCAACAGAUCAAAUACAAAAGACUCGAACCCCAAGCAGUCGACGGCUUUUCCUGGUUGCUGCUACAAUUAAUAAUACUGCCCCCGUCGCAGUCAUUAGCCUACCGGGAAACCGCAAAGUCGCUUUUGGAGGAUGAUACUCUGGAGGAUUCGGGGUCUUCGACUGCUAAAGCCUUGUUCCAAAAGAUUCGAGCGUUGGUUCUAAAUUCUCAGUCUAGGACGAAUACCGACCAUAUCAGUGAAUUCAGCCCAGGAGGUCGGCAUGACAAUGACCUGGUGAACUACCACGACAUAUCGAUCCUUCCUACACGCUCCGAGCUACAGUCUGCUGAAAGGGCCUUCUUCAUGCAGGCUGCGGCAGCAUUUGAGGUAGACAGUGUGGAUCGUGCAUAUAGCCAUCUCGACAAUCAAUUUCGCCUUCUUAGGGAAGAUAUGCUUGCUGAAAUGCGCGAGGACCUGAAAGUCAUGCAAGGUGGAAAUCGAAAGCCAAGUUGGAAAAACAUGAUCAUUAGACAUCUUACUCUGGAUUCAAUCGACAAGCAAUCGAUGAAAGAUCACCGUCCCUUUACCCUGGUGCUCAAAUGUUCAUACGACAUCCUGGAAAUGCCGCACGCAUCUGUUGAGCAGAGGAAGAAUGAGCUGACCAGGACGCCGGGAUUCUUAAGGCAUCAAAGCUUUGGAUGUCUAAUGAAGAACGAGACCCUCCUAGCAUUCGCUACAGUCGACAGGAAAGAGGACCAUCUUGCACUCCAUCUUCCUCAUUUGUGUAUACAACUUACCAGUGCAGAUACCAUGGGGGAAGUUUUCUCCGCACUUCAAGAAGGCCCGGUUGAUUUUUUGCUUGUUUCUACUCCUAUUUUCGCAUACGAGCCGAUAUUGCGGGAAUUGCAGCAGAAAAUAGACAUUGAGCUCGACCACGAUAUUCUGGCUCGCUCGCAGGAUCCACAUGAGUCUACCAUCCAACCUGUUCAGAUGAUUGAAGCUCUUGAAAGGCCUUUGGCCACAGACUCUAGGCUACAGGGCUUAUUGAAUAUAGCGAAAGAGAUCAAAUUAGACCCUUCACAAAUUGAGGCCCUUGUAUAUGGGUUGAAAUAUCAGACAUGCCAGAUACAAGGCCCACCAGGAACCGGAAAAUCCCUGGUUGGAGCUAUCCUAGCUAAAAUACUGCUUGACCAUACAGACGAGGAAUUACUUGUUUUGUCAUACACUAAUCAUGCAUUGGACCAGUUCCUAGAAGAUUUGCUGGACAUUGGUAUCAGCGAGGAUGUUAUCGUUCGGUUGGGAUCAAAAUGCACUAACAGGACUGAGCCUCUUCUCUUGAAAAAUCAGCGGCAUGGCAAUUUCCGGACGUCAAGGACGCGAUAUGAACUGAUAGACUCACAUAAAGCAAACCUAGAUUCUCUUGCUGAGAGCAUUGAACGGGAUUUCGAUAAUUACCUACAGGACAGGAUACCAUUUUCCCAACUGCUCGAAUACCUCGAGUUUUCCGAAACGGAUGGCCGCUUCUACGAUGCACUUGCGCUGCCGGAAGCGGACGAUGGCGAAGUACGCGUCGGGCCAAGGGGUACCACGAUGCAGCCAGAUUAUCUCUUCAAACGUUGGGCGAGUGGCAAGAAACCUGGCCCGUUUGUUAAUGAAAACUCCGAGACUUCAUUCAAGACGAUAUGGGACAUGGCGAAAGCAGACAGAUGGGCGAAGGUCCAACGGUGGAGGGGAGAGAUUCGACAGGAAAGGAUUGCCGCUCUCACAAAACGAGUCGCAGAGUUCAACAAAAUUCAGGAGAUGCUUCAGAGCCUUCGAAAGCAACACGAUGAGAAAAUCCUUCAAACCAAGCGCGUUAUCGCUUGCACUACCACUGGAGCUUCGAUGUACGCCCAGGAAAUCCGAAAAGCUACACCCGGUAUCAUCAUCGUUGAGGAGGCGGGAGAAAUCUUAGAAAGUCAUAUUCUCGCCGCCAUGGGUCCAAGUACGAAACAGCUCAUCCAGAUUGGAGAUCACAAGCAGCUUCGGCCGAAGGUGAAAAACUAUCGACUUACCGUAGAAGCUGGUCACGGUUAUGACCUUAAUCGAUCUCUAUUCGAAAGGCUUAUACUCCAGGGACGACCUCAUUGUACUUUGUUGAACCAACAUAGAAUGAGGCCCGAGAUCUCAGCUCUGAUCAAACACAACUACCCUUCCCUGAAAGACGCUAAUGGUACGCAGAAUCGGCCACCACUCAUGGGAUUCCAAGAUAGCGUCAUAUUUGUCAAUCAUGAUCAACUCGAAGCGAAAAGUAACGUCCUUGUUGACAAACUUGAUCAAGGCGCAAAGUCAAGCAAACAGAAUGUCUUCGAGGCGGAAAUGGUUUUGAAAUGUGUUCGCUACUUGGGUCAACAGAAUUAUAAGACCGACCAUCUAGUUAUACUGACACCAUAUCUCGGUCAGCUAUCGUUGCUUCGAAAUAAACUUCGUAAGGACCAUGAUCCAAUACUCAGCGAUAUCGACUCCCACGAUCUGGUUCAAGCCGGAAUUCUGCCAAAAGCGAGUGCGAAAGUAAAUAAGAAGCCGAUUCGCCUGUCCACCAUUGACAACUAUCAAGGCGAGGAGAGUGACGUCGUUAUUGUCUCAUUGACUCGCAGCAAUGAGGAUGGUGAUAUUGGAUUCAUGGCUGCUCCGGAACGGUUAAAUGUGUUAGUUUCUAGAGCUAGAGACGCGCUGAUCAUGAUCGGCAACGCCAAUACAUUCAUGAAUGCUAGAAAAGGCAGGGACGAAUGGACACGGCUCUUUGAUCACUUGAAAGCCGAUGGGAAAAUCUACGAUGGAUUCCCGCUUAGAUGCGAAAAGCACCCCAAGACUACAUUUAUAGCUCGUUCCCCGGAAGACUUUGAUCAGCACUGUCCUGACGGAGGAUGUGAGUUGCCAUGCAACGAGCCGCUAUCAUGUGGCAAGCAUACCUGUCCGAUGCGAUGCCAUUUGCGAGUUGACCACUCAAAAAUGCCUUGCAGCCAAGUUCUAAAAGAUGUCUGUCCCAAGGAUCACAAGCUUCAAUGGCGGUGUUCAGACAAGACACCGCCUACUUGCCAAGUCUGCUGGCGCGAGAAGUUAGAGAAGGAAAGGAUAGCUCGCAGGGAUAAAGAACUCGAUCUUGAUCGACAGGCAAAGCAACAGGCAUACGCGAAGCAAUUGAGAGCUAUUCAGGAUGGCAUCGCCGCGCAAAGGAAAACUAUCCAGGAAGCCAAAGAAGAGAGAACAAGACAACAGACUCUUGAGAGGCAUCGUGUCGAGCUUGCUCAGCUAGUGGAGCAAGCACGGAAACCUGUUGAUAACCCUAUCCAACCCAAGAGAAGUGCUAAGCCCAUACCACAGCCAAUCACGAAGAACAAUGAAGUUGAGCCCAGAAAGAGUCAAAAUAAGAAUGAUCAUCGCGACGUUUCCUCCCCUACCGAUGUCCCCAGUCAGCCUCCAACAGAAAACACGCCAACAUCAGAAGCGGACGGCGACGAUGAUAUGUCCGAGGCGAGCCAUGAAAACAAUCAGAUGCCUACUUCUACGGGGCCGUCAUCUGCUGAAGCAGAUUGGAAACAUCAAAAGGAUUUCGAGAAUGUCUCUAACGAGGCACUUGACUCUCUAUUCAAGAUGAUUGGGUUAGAAAGCGUGAAGAAAGAGUUCCUAACAAUCAAGGCGAAGAUUGAUACUUUCCUUCGCCAAGGGGCGGACACCAAGGAUGAGAGACUUGGAGCCGCUUUACUCGGCAACCCCGGGACUGGGAAAACAACGGUCGCCAGACUUUACGCGAAGUUUCUAUCUUCCGUCGGAGCGAUCCCUGGCGAACAUUUCGAAGAGACUACGGGCUCUCGGCUAGCCAAUGACGGUAUACAGGGCUGUAAAGCAAUGAUCGACAAAAUCCUCGAAAAGGGUGGCGGGGUUUUCUUCCUAGAUGAGGCGUACCAAAUUGUGUCUGGUAGCUCUUUCGGAGGGGCACAGGUCCUCGACUUCCUUCUUGCAGAGAUUGAGAAUCUCACAGGCAAGGUUGUCUUCGUUUUCGCCGGUUAUCGAAAACAGAUGGAGGCCUUCUUUGCUCAUAACCCAGGUAUUCCUAGCCGCAUACCCAUUCAAAUGGACUUCCAGGACUACGAAGACCACGAGCUUCUGAAAAUUCUCAACUACAAAUUGGGGAAGAAGAAAUUCAACCAGCCUAUGAAGAUCGAGGACGGACCCGAAGGACUUUACAUGCGGAUUGUGGCGCGCCGAAUCGGCCGCGGUCGGGGAAGAGAGGGAUUCGGCAAUGCUCGCGAAGUCGAGAAUGUGCUAUCAAGACUAUUUGGAGGACAGGCCAACCGCCUCCACCUAGAGCGACGAAAUGGGCUUGUGCCAGACGACUUUCUACUCAAGAAAAUCGACCUUGUAGGACCUGAACCCAGCAAGGAAUUCUCCAAUAACAAGGAUUGGCAGAAACUGCAAGAGUUGAUUGGUUUGAAGUCUGUCAAGCAGUCGGUAUCAGUACUUGUGGAUCGUCUCCAAGCCAACUAUAAACGCGAGAUGAAGGAAAAGCCUUUGGUCGACUGCUCCCUAAAUAAGGUAUUCAUUGGAAGCCCGGGAACUGGCAAAACGUCCGUUGCGAAACUCUACGGCAAAAUUCUGAAAGCGCUGGGGCUUUUAUCUAAUGGCGAAGUUGUUAUUAAAAACCCGGCUGACUUCGUUGGUGGUGCCCUUGGGCAAUCCGAGAAAAACACCAAGGCCAUCCUCGAGUCAACUAAAGGGAAGGUCCUUAUCAUCGACGAAGCUUACUCGCUUGCAAGUGGAUUAUCAGACACUGGGGGUGCUAGUGAUCCAUACAAAACUGCCGUUAUCGACACUAUCGUUGCCGAGGUUCAGAGCACUGCUACUGAGGAUAGAUGCGUCUUGCUACUAGGUUACAGACAGCAAAUGGAAGACAUGUUCCAGAAGGUUAACCCAGGAUUAGCAAGACGGUUUCCGAUUGCAUCAGGCUUUGUCUUCGAAGAUUUUACCGACGAUGAACUUAGAAAAAUCUUGGAUCUUAAGCUGAGGCAGCAAGGCUUCAAGGCAGAUGAAGCUACCAAGAGGGUUGUUAUGGAUGUUCUGCGGCGCGCGCGAAAUAGACCUAACUUUGGCAACGCGGGUGAAGUGGAUAUCAUCCUAGACCAGGCUAAAGAGCGUCAACAACAACGAAUAUCGCUGAAGUUUCCCGGAGCCAAGAAUGUCGAUGUACUGGCUCCCGAGGAUAUCGAUCCCGACUUUGACAGAGGUGAACGUGCUGGAACGAAUAUUCGCAUGCUGUUUAAGGACGUUAUAGGAUGUGACGAUAUCGUGGAGCAACUGGAGGGCUAUCAACAAGUUGCCCAGAAUAUGAAAGCUAGAGAAAUGGACCCAGUCUCGCAGAUUCCAUUCGGGUUCCUUUUCCGCGGACCGCCAGGAACCGGCAAGACCACGACGGCGAGAAAGAUGGGCAAAAUUUAUUACGAUAUGGGAUUCCUCGCCGAAGCAAAAGUAAUUGACUGUUCUGCAACUGAUUUGAUCGGUCAGUACGUAGGACAGACUGGUCCUAAGGUCCAAAAGAAGUUUGAUGAAGCCCUUGGGCGGGUUCUUUUUGUCGACGAGGCAUACAGGCUUUCUGGGGGGCACUUUGCUAAGGAGGCAAUGGAUGAGAUUGUCGACUGCCUCACCAAAGAACGCUAUCAUAACAAGCUUGUAGUUAUACUCGCUGGCUAUGACGACGACAUCAAUCGUCUUAUGAACCAAAACCCCGGUCUGACCAGUAGAUUCCCAGAGACGAUAUCCUUCGGCAACCUUCCAGCCCGUCAUUGUCGAGGCCUCCUUCUACAAGAACUACAGAAAAGAAAACUGGAUACAAAGGACCUAGGAGCGUCACCAACUUUAGACAGCAAACUUCUAAGUCAAUUUGGGAUACUAAGUCGGACCAAAUCAUGGGGUAAUGCUCGUGACGUACAAACACUUGCGAAAUCUAUCUUUUCUAAGAUAAUGAAAUCGAAGGACCCUGACCCGAACGGAACGGUACCCGAGGAUAUAGUGAUAGGUGUGGUUCAAAAAAUGAUUGACGAACGAACGGCACGAGGUGCUGCAGCCGACAACUUGGACCCCCUUACAUUCUCGUCGCCACCGACUCAACAAGAGCAGUUCUUCCAACCGCCGCCCCAACCCAAGUUCUCUACGUCGAUCAACACAGACCAAACUCAGGAUGAGGAACCAAAGUCUAAACCCAAAGAGAAGGUCGAAACUAAAACCGAUAAAGACGGCGAUGAAUCGGGCGGAUCACCCGAGAACCCACCGGUUGCCGUCCGCGACGCCGGUGUUUCCGACGCAGUCUGGGAACAACUUGAACGCGACAAACUCGCUGCCGCCCAGCGCCAGCGCGAACUCAUCGAAUCGCAACGUCAAGCUGAGGAACUCGCGCGCAAAGUCCGCGAGCAGGAGGAAGCGGUUCAACGACAGAAAGACGAAGCAGCGCGGCGGGAAGAAUUACGGAAAUUAGAGAAAGCGCGUAUCGAACGUGAACUCGCGGAAAUCAAGCGCAAACAAAAGGAAGAGAAGAUGAAGAGGGAGAAGAAGGCUCAGAAGAUGCUUAUGCGGAUGGGAAGAUGUCCUGUUGGGUAUGAGUGGAUUCCACAGGCGGGUGGAUAUAGAUGUGCCGGCGGCUCGCAUUGGGUUGGUGAGGGGGACUUGAACCUUUGAGGGGGUCGAUGUGAUGGUGGGAGUACUGAGUAGAGUCUAACUAAUGGCGAGGCUUAUGUCGAGUGUUUUGCGAAUAUGUAAUCGAAAUAAGGGGAUAAUUCGGUAUAUUGAGGCAUUCUUGACGAAGACAUCUACGAGUAAGGAACGGAGACUAGAACUUAAUAUAAAAGACAUUUCAUAUACCAAGUCGCCUAGCUAUUACCUGGGGAGAAUCUGCCUUUGAAUCAUAUUAUCGAUUCUAGCAGAUACACUCUUACAGUUAAGACGACAUCUCCUGAUGCCA